GGAGCUGAACUACUGGGAACAGCAGAAGCAGCAGAAGAAGCAGCAGCAGUAGAAAAGCCGCAGCUCGGCUGCCACCUCUGCUGCUACAGCUGUCGCCUCCACCUCUGGCGCCUCCUCAUCCUCACCCCUGAAGAUGCAUGGAAUAUUUGUUCAAUGUGAGGAUGAGGAAGAAGUCAUCAUACCCGACAGCAGCCCUCUCCCGCAAGCUACGCCAGCUACUUGGGCACCACACCGAGCGGCCCUCACAUCGGUACCCGCCGCCAAGCAGCCGGUGAAGCGGAGGCUGGUCUUUGAUGACGAGCCCGCCGUCCUCACUCAAUCAAAGAAACGUGCGGCGCAAGAGCACGACAGCUCCAUAACGCCUCUUUUGCGGGAGGAGGAGGAGGAGGAGGACGAGUUGGACGUGGAGACGGAGGACUUCCUCACCAUUAUAAAUCGUCAUACUGAGAAACCAUGGACGCCUCUCCGGCAGUUGGUGGAGGACACGGCGUACCCCAUCGUGGGGGUACGGGAGAUUACAAACCAACAUGGUCGCCGCAUUGUCUUAAAAGUCCAUUUAACAUCUGAACGGCUGACGGACAUAUACAUGCCGGAGAGGUAUACCCACAGUUUAACGUCCAAAGACAUUGAAAGUUUCAAAAGAAAUUGUAAAUCACUAUGUCUGUUUGUGAAGCAUGUUAAUGCUUUUUUGACAGACAUAAAAAUUGUUAAGUGCAAAAUUAGCAAAUUUGGCAUUUAACAAUAUUUAUGUCGGUGAGCAUUAACAUGUUUUGCAUGUUAAUAUGUAUAAAUUUGUUAUGUAUAAAUUAGUAGUGCUCACAAUAAAUAGUUUGUUAUUCUAUAAAAAUUUUUCUCAAUUCUCACCUAUCAGUUCGCUAGUACGUGUAGACAAGUGCACUCAAUCACUCUCCACUAUGCAAGUUGCAUUGAGCGAUAAGAAAUGAAAAUGUGUUUUUAUAGCUUGUUGUACGCACGCACGCACAAGCAGGCCUACUGCUGACAUCAGUCGGUCGCUCACUCAGUCAAGGCCGGGCAACGCUCGACCUUCACAAGGCCGGCCGCCUUCCUUGUUGUGAAGCUCGGGCAUUGCCCUCACACAUCUGGUUCGGCUCGCGUUCAUAUCUGUAUGAGCGGAACACUUUCAAUAUUAUUGUGUUUGUCUUUUUCAGAUC